AUGAAUAUUGAUUUGGAUUAUCUUGACCUAUCUAAUAAUUUGUUAUCAGGUAGGAUUCCAGAUUGUUGUAGCAAGUACAUAUUAUUAGGUGCAAUCAGUUUGGACAACAAUAAUUUGUUGGGAGUAAUCCCUAAUUCUUUGGGUUCACUACAAAAUUUGAAGUCAUUGCACUUAAGGAACACAAGUUUGUAUGGUGGAAUACCACACUUCUUGGAAAAUUGUACUCAAUUAGGACUUCUAGAUUUGGGAGACAACAAAUUGACUGGAAUCAUUCCACCAUGGAUAGGAGAAAGACUCGAUGGGUUGAUUGUUCUUCGACUAAGAUCAAAUGAGUUUCAUGACAACAUACCUUCAACUCUAUGUCACCUACUGUUUCUUCAAGUAUUGGAUCUUUCUCUCAACAAUAUAUCAAGAGCCAUUCCUUCGUGCCUCAACAAGUUGGCUGCCAUGGCAAGUGUUGCAAGUUCUGAAGCAAUGACUUAUUUAUGGGAGGGGAGUUUUGGUAUCGCCGACGAUGACAACUUUAUAUUUUGUUUCAAUGAUCAUCUGUCAGUUUUAUGGAAAGGUUUUGAAAGAGAAUAUGGCAACACCAUUGGAAUGUUAAAGAGUAUUGACUUGUCAUGCAACAAAUUAAGUGGAGAAAUCCCUCUAGAAUUAGGAAGUUUGGAAGGGUUGAUUAAUCUGAAUCUUUCAAGAAAUAUGUUGAGGGGAAGCAUAUUUAGGGAGAUUGGCCAAUUGAAAUUCUUGGAUUCACUCGAUUUGUCUACAAAUAAUCUAUUUGGUGAAAUCUCGGAAAGAUCUUUUCUGAGCGUUUUGGAUUUGUCGAACAACAAUUUGUCUGGAAAAACUCAAGCAUUCAGUUGCAAAGUUUCAAUGCUACUUCAUAUUCAGGGAAUCCGAGACUGUGCGGAGAACCGUUGUGCAAAUGUCCUGAAGAUGAGCCACCAAAGGUGCCUAACAAUGGCAGUAUUGAAAGAAGCAGUGAAGGUGAUGAAGGAUUGUUUGAGCCUCUGUGAUUUUUUAUUGGGAUGA